AUGGCUGCCAACACAGCCCUCCUCCACCUUGGGAAAAACCGAUUCAGGGCUACCAAUGUAGCACCCCAAAUCGUCGUGAAUGUCCCUGAAACAAAAGUCUCGACUCUGGACAAUGGCCUGAGGGUAGCUUCUGAAGAUUCCGGACUUACAACAUGUACAGUGGGACUUUGGAUCGAUGCCGGAAGCCGAUAUGAGAACGAGAAAAACAACGGGACGGCUCAUUUCCUGGAGCACAUGGCUUUUAAGGCAAGUUCUCAAACAUCGGUUGAGAUUCUUGCUGACAUCAUACAGAAUAGCACCUUGGGGGAGGCCGAGAUUGAGCGCGAACGGGGCGUGAUCCUUCGAGAAAUGCAGGAAGUAGAGACCAACUUACAGGAAGUGGUCUUUGAUUAUCUUCACGCCACCGCUUACCAGAACACAGCCCUUGGACGGACGAUUUUAGGACCCACCGAGAAUAUUAAGUCCAUUAACCGCAAUGAUUUGGUGGAAUAUAUCACAACGCAUUACAAAGGACCGAGGAUUGUGCUGGCGUCUGCAGGAGGAGUUGCUCAUGGAGAAUUGCUUGAGCUGGCGAAAUACCAUUUUGGCAACUUGCCGUCCAUUAAGAAAGAAGGCGCCCCAGUUUUGCCCCCUUGCCAGUUCACCGGCAGUGAAAUCCGCGUGCGAGAUGAUAAAAUGCCUUUGGCCCAUCUGGCCAUCGCGGUGGAAGCAGCUGGCUGGUGUCACCCAGAUACCAUCCCUCUGAUGGUGGCAAACACGCUCAUUGGCAACUGGGACCGUUCUUUCGGAGGGGGAAUGAACCUGUCCAGCAAGCUCGCCCAAGCUGCGUGUCACGGCAAUCUUUGCCACAGUUUCCAGUCUUUUAAUACGUGUUACACGGAUACAGGAUUGUGGGGUCGGCCUCUUGAACAGCUGCCUGAUUACGAGCGACUCUGUAGCGGCAUGUAUUGGCUUCGCGACUGAUACUCUCUGCGAGCUCUUUGGGGAAAUUUACGAUGGCACUUGAGAAAUUUUGUGACGACAGUUAAACAUUCAGGACUAGAGGGAUGAUUUUUAUUCCCUUUUCACCAAAUGGCAGGCUUUUUUUUUUUAAGUCCCAGGAUAGAUGCUGCUCCCCCGCCCCCCGGAUAAUCUGUCCAAUGGAACGGACAAUGCAAAUGGAGGGGAGCCUCUUGAGAACCACAGGACUGUCUCGAAAAACUAAAAUAAAAUGAAGCCUAUUCUA